GCCAUUUUUACUGAGAGAGAACGAUAACAGAAGCACACUGCAUGCGUGCACUAUUAAGGGCCCUAGAAAUCUAUUUUACAAAGUGAUAUAAAAUAUGGAUCCAUUAUCGAGCAGCUCUAAACUCAUCUAUAAAAUGUCUGACGAGGACAUCAAAAAACUGAUUCAGUUGCGUUCAAGCAACUCAGCGCUGUUUGACGGGAGGAAAAAUUCUUCUAAAACAGCGUGGAGUGCAAUUAUCAGAGAAAUGGGGCUUGAGGACAAGGUGACAACUGACCAGAUGGCAAAAAAAUGGGAAAACCUGAAGGCAAGAUAUAAGGACGCAAAAUAUCCUCCCAGUGGUGUGGAGAAGAACCCCACUUGCUGGAGAUGGUUCAAUCUUAUGGAUGAUGCUCUGGGUGAAGAUUUUGAAGAAAAGAUCAGCCACACAGUGACCCCAUCAAUUGGAGGCAAUGAAGCACCUCAGCCUAGUAAGAGGUUACGUCAGAUCAAAGUUGGAGGGGAAAUAUUGGAAUUCCUGGAAGAGGAAGGAACUGCGUUAAAUGUAACACCAGUCUCCAGACCACGUUUGGCUACGCAGGGAAGACAAAAAGGCAAACAAACGUCUGUGGACGUUAUGAGAACAAAACUUCAAAAAGACAGACAACUUCUGGAGAAGGAACUCGGAGGCCUAGACAGAGAGAAAGCUCUUCUAGAGCGGGAGAGGGCCCUUGCAGAUAGGGAAAGAGCAGCGAUUCAGAGAGACAGAGCCCAGUUAGAGAAGGACAAAGCUGCCGUCGGACGAGACAAGGCAUCACUGGAACAGGACAGAGUACGACUGGAAAAAGACAAAGAAGCUUUAGAGAGAGAUAGAGCUGCCCUUGAAAGAGACAGAGUAUCAGCAGAUUUCACAAAUCAUGUGAAAAGCAACACAGAAUGCAAUGGACAUGACUGUACUCACGAGAAGAACAGAGAAAAAUUAAUAUUACUACUUGAAAAGGUGAUUAAAAAAAUGUGAAGCAAGUGUGAGAGAGAAAAGGACUAUUUGCACGUACUGCAAUGAAUGCUGUGAGCUUAACAUCAGAAUGCUCCUUGGGUUGUUGUCUUUUUGUUGUUUAGGGAUACUUUUGAGCAUCUAACUUUUGUAUUUCUUACUCCAAAACUGAUCACAGAUUUCACUUGCCACAUACAAAGUGACAGGGAGCAUAAGCAAUGUUAAAAGUUUGAUGCACCUCUGUUUUUGGAGGUUUUGGGGUUUGUUUACUGAUUUGUAAAUGUUGAUGAAAGACUUUUAAGAAAUUUGGAUUAUGACACUUUAUCCAUAUCUCAGAGAAAAAUGAAAAGAAACAUUGGUUAAGAUUGUCAAAAAAAGUGUCUGCAAGUAAAGUAUAUGAUUUGUGCCAUCAAUAAAUGUCAAAGAAGAAUACAAUAUUCAAUUUUCAAAUUAUUGUCAUUCAGGGAGAAUUAAAUAUAGUUUGACCAAGGGGAGAGGAAGCUGUUGAAGUAGUAGUGGUAUGUGAAUAGCAACUAUCAUAAAACAUUUUUGGGAUGUGCCAUGGUGGUCGACUAAUCGGCAAGCCGUCUAAGCAUUUUUACGUGAUGAUAACUUGCUGUGUUUAACAGUGAAUAACAGUCAGCACAGUAAAACCCUCUGCCAGAAGCUUCGUCUCUUUAAUGCUUUAGGUGUAGUCUUUUAAUGCACCACUGCUGUUACAGCAAAGCGCCGCACCAACAACACAUUACAAGACGAUCACUCUCGAUGUUAAAGGGAUAGUUCACCCAAAAAUUUACUCACACUCAUGCAAUCCCAGAUGUGAAUGACUUUCUUUCUUCUGCUGAACACAAAUGAAGAUUUUUAGGAAAAUAAUUCAGCUCUGU